CUCGGGUUCAAGAUCCGUGCUUGAGCUAGCGAUGGUUAUCUAUUCCCAGAAUGUAAAGGCACGAGCAUAUCGGCAAUAGGCGUCGUGAAUCGGACAAACCAGUCAUCGCACCACCACUUGGGUCUGCUUUGCCACAAGACCUAGACUUCGUCACAUAGACCUUUAAUACGGAUGUAGAGUCCUUUUACUCGAUAUUAUCUCGUCUGCCCAUCGUCAAUUGAGAUCCAGCAGCCUAGAGCCAAGAUGCCUAACUACAAGACACAGGAAGUGAUGGAGAGAAGCGACUCGAGCAGACUUCAUGUAGUGAUCGUAGGAGCUGGACUUGGUGGUCUCGGUGCUGCAAUCGCCGUCCGUCUCGCCGGCCAUGAUGUCACAGUGUUGGAGUCUGCACCAGCAAUCGGCGAGGUCGGCGCCGGUAUUCAAGUCCUUCCCAACGCUGCUCGAGUUCUCUUCUCCUGGGGUCUCGAGAAGGAAUUGGUCAAGAAUGCUACCAAGCCAAGGAAAUGCAACUUCAUCGGAUGGAAGGGAAACCAUCUCUCAGAAAUGGACUACCAUGGAUAUGCGGCUGCCUCGGGAGGCUACCCUUUCCUCGAUUUCCAUCGCGCUACUUUGCACAAGGCACUCCUGGACAGAGCUCAUGAGCUGGGCGCCAAGAUUCUCUGCGGAUCUAAAGUCUUGUCUUACGAGAUAGCGGCCGACAACAGCCACGCAACUGUGUUUCUAGAAGGAGGACAAACGAUGGAGUCUGACUUGGUAGUUGGUGCUGAUGGCAUCGCUUCUUCACUCAGAGAGCAGUUCCUCGGCCGAUCCGAUCCUCCACAAUUAACGGGCGACUUGGCAUACCGGCUGCUGCUGUCGACAGACGAGAUGAGAAAAGACCCAGACCUAAGACCAUUCGUGGAGGAUCCUCAAGUCAACUACUGGGUCGGUCCCGAUAAACAUGCAGUCAAUUACGUGCUGAAGGGAGGAGAACUCUUCAACAUGGUCCUUUUAGUGCCAGAUGAUAUCCCACUCGAUAGCGGCAACACUUUGAAGGGGAAUAUCGAAGAGAUGAGAGCCCAUUUUGCCGAAUGGGACCCCCGUAUUGGAAAGAUGCUGAACCUCUGCGACUCUGUUCUCAAGUGGAGAUUAUGCAUUCGUCCUGGCCUCGACCCAACUUGGUCACACCCUUCGGGAGCCCUCACCAUGCUCGGUGAUUCUGUCCACGCAACACUACCAUAUCUUGCCAGUGGUGCCGGUAUGGCUCUAGAGGACGGUGGUGUACUCGGGCUAUGUCUUGCCAAGCUUACUGAUAAGUCACCAGCCUCAAAGCUGAAAGCUCUCGCUGUCUACGAGGCAUGUCGACGAGAACGUACAGAGAUGGUUGUGCAAAGAGGAACGUACAACCAAUGGAUAUAUCACCUUCCCGAUGGCGAAGAGCAGAGACAGCGAGAUGAGCGGUUCAGGCAAUAUGGAAAGUGGGAUGAAGAGUGGCUCAGUGGAGAGAAUCCGAUCAUACCGCAGUCCUCGGAGACAGGAGAGGACCCUUUCCCUUGGAGGUACCAUGGAGUUGGGAGAUGGUUAUUGACGUAUGAUAUGUGGAAGGAUGUCGAUGAGAAGUUCUCGCAGUUUGAGUCUGAGGCCAGUGGUGGUUCACUGAGAGCAAGUCUCUGAUUAUAAGCACUGUACUCUGUCUUAUUGGGGUAUUGUUAGUGGUCAAGAAGACAUUUAUAAAGAUUACACGGCAUCAUCCAGGCACUAUUCGAAGAUUGACAGGUUAUUGGCUUUGACAUCCUAAGUUCCUAACUAUUGCUCUACUAGAGACGAGAUCACUCCGAACCCAUUAUAGAUCAUCACAGCCAUUGCUGCUACAACAUACUAUCGAUCUCUAAUUGUCUCUC